UCAUUAGUGAGGUUAGUUAUCUGUCAUCUUGACAAUGACCACAAUGGURUAUAACCUGUAAAAUAAACGUGAAACACGCUUAAAAAUGGGUAUUCGGGGCUUGACAACAUUUAUAGCCAAUAGAUCGAGUCAAUACCUCGACAGUUACGAACUCCACGACACAUAUUUAGUGAUAGAUGGAAACAGUAUUGCUUGUCAGCUUUAUAAAUGGCAUUGCAGGUGCAACGACUGUUUUGGGGGCGACUACGACAAAUAUGCUGCUGUUAUCAAGAAUUUCUUUCAAUUAUUGUCCGAUUGCAACAUCACUCCUUUGGUUGUAUUCGAUGGAGCUUACGAAAAACGCAAAUUGAAGACAGUCUACAGCAGAAUGAGAAACAAAAUCAGUGCCUCUAAAGAUCUUAACAGUGUCACCGAAGGCCGUAUUUCGGUAUUUCCUCUAUUUUUACGUGAACUUUUUGUCGAUAUUGUCAUUAGUUUAAACAUAAAAUGUGUGAGAUGUGACUUUGAAGGUGAUAGUGAAUCUGCUGACCUCGCUAGGACUUUGGGGUGCCCCAUAGUCAGUUUCGAUUCCGACUUUUUUAUUUUCGACGUCUUAUAUAUUCCAUUCUCGACGAUGCAAUUGCGACUACGGAAGAGAAAAAAUAUUAAUUACCUGAUGUGUGAGGUCUACAGGGUCGAAAAAUUUUUAAAUUCGUUUGGAGGGUUGGAUAAAAUCAAUUUGCCGCUACUUGCAGCCUUGUUGGGGAAUGAUUACAUAAAGAAAAGUGCCUUUUCGAUGUUUUAUCGUCAGUUAAAAAUGCAGAAAACGAAACAUAAUGAGCAACAAACUCAAAUUAAGUCGGUCAUUGUCUGGCUUAAGAAUGAAACUCCAGAAUCUGCCCUGAGGAAGAUUUUGGGGCGAUAUAAGAUGAGACAUAGGAGKACUUUAGCGAGGAGGAUCGAGAAAGCGAUUGGAGCGUAUCAAAGUGGUGACGGUCACAUAUGCUCGUAUUUUAAUAUUGAGAGAAGUGGUGACAAUAGAGGGAAAAUAGUGGUGCCCAAACCGGAAGAUGUCGAAGAUUUAGAGCAGGGAGAACUUGAAGAAGGCGAAAUUGAGGAUGAAAUGUCAGCAAGUUCGGAACAGUUAUCUUCAGACGAGCAGGAAGAGGAAGAAGUAGAAGGAUCAAUCCCUGUGUUGAAAUCCAAUAUUCCCAAUUUCUUUCGCGACAAUUACAAAAAAUGCCUAUACCCUCCGUCGUUCAUGGAUAUGAUUAUAUCUAGUACUUACUACUUCAUCCCUUUAAUCGAAGAUUAUUCUUUAGAACCUUGUCAUACCAUCAGUUUGGAAAUUGUUGCAGCAAUUUACAAAAUCCUAACUGUCCCAAAAACACGCACUUUAUUUUGCGUAAUGCGCAACGAGCAUUCACACAUAAAAAGAUCCCCAGUUCCUGUAUACGAUGGCGAUGUGCCAAAAUUAUCAGAAACUGAAAAUAUGGACCAACAAAUUGCCAAACAAAUUUUAUUACAAAUUUUAAAAAUCGAGAACAAAUCAUUCGAACAUUUUCCAAAUUCUUGGCACCUGUUCCUGAUCUCAAUAAAUUACUGGAUAACAAAUUCCAAACGGAAAAUCGACCUACCUCAUGUCUAUUCACUCAUUCUUUGUGCAAUCAUGUUAAACUACGUCGACACCAAAGUCGGUUUUUAUAGAUCGACCAAAUCAUUUUUGUCCAAAUAUAGCUCGCAUAAUGAAGCAACAAGACCCCCAACUUCCACGAAAAACAUAACAGAGGCCUUGAAUGAAAUCGAUUUAAGUAACAGUAUCUCGUGUGCGAAAACCUUGAUUGAUUACUUCCAAAUGGACGCGAAAAUGCGGUGUUACGUUAAGUUAUUUGAUAGGAAUAUUAUCCAUGACUUUGCACAAUUGCAGAGCUGUUUGUUACAUAUCAAAUACUUGAAUUCUCUGUUAAAUUUCCCAUUUCCGAAUUUCAUUGUAUCGGAAUUUUAUGAUGGGACAUUUCUCUACAACAUGACAGCGAAUUUACUUAAAAGAACGGAUUUGAAGGGCUAUAUGAAAAUCUUAUUGAGGAAGUGCCCUCAAAUUUUGUAUAUUUUCGAACUGAUGGCUGAGGAAAUUGAAGAUAAGGUUGUUUUCAAGACGGGGAGGCAUGAGCCGCCAAGGAAGAGAAAGAAGAAGAAGAAACCAACGACGAGUUUUGUACCUGAAGCCGAUCUUCUUAGCGAUGUAUCGGAUGAAGAAUACGUUUUCGAUUCAAACAAUAAGUUUUCUUUGUUAUCUUUCGUAAAUAAAUGAUAUUUGAUUCGA